AUGACGAAGCCAGCUGGAGACAAGGCCAAGGAUCGAGAUCCAAGCUUAUACCAUAAUCAGUCAGAAAUCCGGGUCCAAAAUGACGACUCUCGAUUCGAGUUAAGCCGCUGGUGGCUCAUAUCAUCCGUGUUCCCUAUGAUUGCAGGAACUCUUGGUCCUGUAGCGUCGGCAUUCAGUAUUUGCUCCCUAAGCCAGUCAUGGGUGCAACAUAGUUCCCCUCGCACCAGCGUGAAUGGAGUGAAUCUUUUUCCUGACCCAGCCUGGUUGACUACUCUGAAAGCCAUACAGCUGUUCUUGGCUCUCGUGUCGAAUAUGUUCCUCCUGUUAGACAUGACAAGAAAGGUUCGCUUCACCAUUGCGGAACCAAUCACAAUAAUAGGAUGGUACAUUUCUGCCAUUUGCCUCGUGUGUCUUCAUGCAAUCGCAUCCGGUCCCUUACUGAACAGCCUGGGGAUUUCCGCAGACGAGAAGCUAUGGUCGCAGGCUUUCUAUUACGGCAUCUGGUCUGCCAUUUUGUACUUCGUCGCAGCGUCAGUACUGGUCAUUACGUUCUGGGGCUCACUACACGGCCAUUACGAGGAGGACUUUAAUCUAAGUCACAGUCAGCGAACGCUCAUGCUACAAACCAUGAUAUUUCUCACGCUCCUGCUUUUGAGCGCCCUCCUUUUCUCCAAGCUUGAAGAUUGGAAUUACCUCGAUGGAGUCUAUUGGGCUAAUGUUACGCUCUUCACCAUUGGUUUUGGCGACAUCGUUCCCACCACGGUACUUGCGCAGGCUUUGCUGAUCCCGUAUGUUCUUAUUGGCAUCACUAGCCUCGGCCUUGUCAUCAAUUCGAUCCAAAGUAUGAUACUUGAGCGUGGGAGUCAGCGCCUCGACGCCCGGGUAGGGGAGAGAAGCCGUCUAAAUACUCUGCAGAAAAUCAUUCGCAAGGGAAAGGGCGACAUGUUGAUCCCCCUUGAGUGCGGUGAUUCGCUCGCCAAUGUUUCCGCCAAAGAGCUUGAGCGGCGUCAUUCCGAGUUUGAAUUGAUGCGUGCCAUACAGAAAAGGGCGUCCUCUCGGAGAAGAUGGGUAGCAUUGAUCAUCUCUGCGAUGUCCUGGCUUUGCCUGUGGUUUUGUGGCGCCGUCGUCUUUUUUAAAUCAUUUACAACAAUCGGCUACGGCAAUCUGGUUCCCAAGUCCAACGCCGGGAAGUCUUUUUUUGUUCUCUGGUCAUUGCUUGCUCUGCCGAUUCUCACCAUCCUUAUAUCCAAUGCGGGAGACACAGUUAUCAGGGUUGUCAAUAACAUUACAAUCCGAGUGGGAAGCAUCACUCUUCUACCUGGACGUGGGGGAUUCGGUCACAACAUGAGGCAACUCCUUCAUCAACUGAGCUGCGGCUACUUGUAUUCCGAGUCUGAAGCAGACGCAAGUUUCGAUUUGGAGAAGGGAAUAGCUCGACCGAUUGGAAUGCCCGAGCAAAGAGUGCCCAAGAUAAAUAGUAGGGACGGUCAAAGCCGUGAUACUAAUAGCAGCACUCCAAAGACCUUGGCCUCCCAGAUGGGAAGUCCAGGGUCUUCACGACGCCGUGCACCAGGACAGCCUAUCUCCACACAGCGAUUUGCUGCUGCUUGCAACGCCAAACUUGACAAUUUUCCCACAGGGGACGACUUGCACCUUCUCCUCAUAUCUGAGAUCCAGAAUGUGGCAGAAACUAUCCGUGACGAUCGGCAUCGAAGGUACACGUUCCAAGAUUGGGCGUGGUAUUUGCGCUUGAUCGGUGAGGACGAGCGCGACCCAGACGCCCAUCGUGAGGUGAGGCCAAAAGAGAGAACAAGACCGAUGAACAAGAUCUGCCUAGCGGGGACAAAGAUGCUCCAUCGUCAGCCGAGUGUGCGGAGACAUGGUGAAGACGAGGAGAACCAGACCGAGCGGAACCAGCAGCCGACCAGAAACGAUACUCACCCAGUGAAAUGGUCAUGGGUCGGGAACCAAAGUCCUUUGCUUAGCAGGAAAGAGGAGAGCGAGUGGAUAUUAGAGAGGCUGAUGGAGAGGUUAAGGGAGUUGCUAUGGGAGAGCAGCAGGCAGCAUCAGGAUAUUGUGCGAGAAUCGUCGUGA